CUCACAUGUUUCAAUGGGUCCUGUCAAAUACCCGACGUCAACCGGUCAGCAGUAUAUACAGUCUCGGACAUUGCUCAGCAGAGCACAUUGUCUACACCCUUGAAUGAUCACAGCCAUGUCUUCGGAAUUCUUCCCAUCCUUCACCAACGUCAUCAUCCCCGCAAAUGACAAUGUGCAACUGUUUGCACGGAUCCGUGGAAUCGACCCUGGAGACAGGAACAAGCCGAUUCUGGUUCUGAUCCAUGGAUAUCCUCAGUCCUCAUGGGAGUUCCGCUUUGCUCCACAAUAUCUUCCGCCGGAUCUACCACUGUUCAUUCCCGAUCUCCCUGGCUACGGCGAGAGCACCAAGUCAGUGCCCACGACCGAAACCUCCGCAUACUCCAAGCAUGCGAUCGGGCGUGACAUUCUCGACGGGCUAGCCAAAUGUCUAGGCUUAGUUGCCGGCGGCGGCGGCCCCAAGCAGAAAGUGAUUCUGUGUGGUCACGACCGCGGAGCACGGAUCAUCCAGCGGAUCGCCUUCGAUUUCGAGGACUACCCGCUGUUCGAUAUUCUCGGGAUUGUGCUGGGGGAUAUCGUGCCCAUCACUGUACAGUUCCAGUCGUUUGCGAAUCCAGUUCAUGCGGCUGCGACGUAUCAUUGGUCGCUCUUGGCUGCACCAUAUCCUAUACCAGAAACUAUGAUUGAGAAAUACGGAGGUCCUGAAUGGGUGGGGAACUGCCUCACGGGCUGGGGUGGGACCUCGGAGAAGGGCCGCGCCAAUUUCUUGGGUCCGACCGGUGUCGAGGUUUUCAAGCAGCAUUUCAUCAAACCAUCGGUCAUUGCGGCGUCCUGCGCCGACUACCGUGCCGCAGCGCAUAUAGAUGCCCAAUUGGAGGCAAAAGACCACGAGGAGGGAAAGAGGAUCAAGUUCCAAACUUUGGUGGUCUACUCAAAGAAGUAUUUGGGUUCGCGUUAUGACGUUACGGCUGUGUGGAGGGAAUAUAUGUCGUACAAGGAGCGUCUCACAACAUGUGGAAUCGAGGAGGUUGGUCAUUUUUGCUUUGAAGAAGAUCCUAUGCCGUGUUAUGUGGCUAUCACCGACUGGAUGCGGGAAGUUCUACGGUUAGAUAUGUAGGUGCUUUGUAGUAUCUCCCACGGUGGACCAAUGGAGAUAAAUGCAAAUAUGUAGCUGCCCGCCUCGUCAUUUCAUUCGUCAUAUCAUAAAAGGAUGCCUAUCUAUACUUUUUUUGUCAUGAUGUACCUGGAUAUUGUCAGUAGGAUAGCUCAUGGGAAUCGAAUCAACCUACAGAUGCAGAUUCUCCCGAGAAAAUGCCGCAUAUUCAGGCUCCUGUCGGAGCUCAGUGAUUUCGUGCAUGCUAAAGCGUUUUUUGAGCGUCUUCACAAAUUGCAUGUCGGC